GUAAUAAAUGCACCUUGGUCUUCCUUCUUCCUGCGCUCUCUCCACCCUUCCCACACUUCCUCACCGACAAUCUAUCCACCCUGCCCAUCUAUAAUCCGGUUUUUUGCUGGACCUGACAUUGCGCCCUCUCUCGCGCGACGCUGACCGCUCCACUGACAUCAAGACGCAUCCUGAUUUCGUCCGGCGCGACACCCGGGGUUGACUGAGUGGCGGAUAGAGCAUCCAAAACACCAGCGUCUCUCUAUUAUCUUCUCUAUAUUCUCGCCUGCGCCGCACUCGCUGCCUUUCGAUACAGUUUCCCAUAUCGCGCUCCCUCUCUUCUCUAGCUUUCCGGCUGCGCUGCCGUCGAUAUUAUUCCCCGUCGCGUCCGUGCGCCCUCUACCUACAGCAGCCACCUCCAGCUACGUCGAGGCGUUUGGCGACUAUGGAUCAACAACAGAAGACGGCUCCCCCGGUCUACGACCUUUCUCAAGGUGGCCACUAUGGAGCCAGCGCCGCGUUGUCCGCUCAAGGCUACGUUCCGCAUACUGAGUUGUACUCGGGACUAUGGUCAAAUAUCAACCAAGGGUUGACCGGGCCAUCUCGGGAGAUCCUAGCAACCUAUUGGCAACAGACCAUCAACCAUCUCGAAACAGACACUCACGACUUCAAGAUCCAUCAACUUCCACUGGCAAGGAUCAAAAAGGUCAUGAAAGCGGAUCCGGAGGUUAAGAUGAUCUCCGCUGAAGCUCCCAUCCUCUUUGCAAAAGGCUGCGACAUAUUCAUCACCGAACUCACCAUGCGCGCCUGGAUCCAUGCAGAGGACAACAAGAGGAGGACCCUCCAGCGUAGCGACAUAGCUGCCGCCCUUGCCAAGAGCGACAUGUUCGACUUUCUCAUCGACAUUGUCCCACGAGAAGACAGCGCCGGGCACGGAAGCUCGAAACGGCCCAACACCAGUGGCCAGGCUGCGGCCGCUCAAGUCCCCCAACAACCAACUCAACAACAAAUGCCACCUCCAGACUACGGCAUGCAGCAUGGAGCAAUGGGGCCACCCGACAGCCAAUACGGCAGACCCCAAAUGUACCCGGGUCAUAUGGGCGGUGAUGGGCAACAAGACCCCAGUCAAGGCUAUGGUCAGCCUCCGCAAAUGUUCCCCGGUGGCGAUAUGUACAAUCCAUACGCCCAGGGACAGUUUGGUGGCACCGGUGCUCAACAGGUAGGUGGACUUCCGUAAUCAUCAAUCUAUGUCGACAAUGGAUGUACUCGAAUCUCCCAGGCCAAAGACCACAAAGCCAAGGAUAUGGAGGUCCAAGGCCCGGCACCGCAGGCAGAGACCAGCAGGUCAACGAGCAAGGUUACGGCCCUGGCUAGGUGUCAGAUCCAGAACCGGAUCAGAUCUGAUUCUCCACCACCAUCACCAGUCCCAGAAGAUUUCAAGUCCCCACCUUUGGCAGCACCAAAAUUGAUACCACUACCGUUUGAUGAAAUUGUUUGAAUUCAAAUCAAAGACCAUUACGCUUUCCCCCUUAAGGGAUGGUACCACGAGCGAGGGUGACAGCAAUAUUUCACCACCAAGGACAACGCCGAGCACGGCAGAAAGACGGAAUAAAUAAUCCAUGGCCUCCAGCGCAACACGGUGUCUAAUGGACUGCAUCCGCAGCAGAAUGGAAUUCUUUGGUUCACAGUCCCUCAGAUUUGGUCCUCUCCUCCUGCAUACUUGUUCUGAUUUGUCUGCCCCAAUGUGUCAGAAUCCGACUCGUGAGGUGUCCGUGACUAGCAUCGUCCCGUAUAGGUCCCCACCGCGACCAGCAAUCUAGGAAACAGGGCCUCUCUCAUGAUGAAUCGCUCUAUAUGCUUCCAUUAGUCUCACAAAAAUCCCCACCCAUAGCUGCCGUGAUGCACGACAGCGAAGCCUAUAAGAUGGCAGAAUAGAGGCUCGACCUAAUUAAAAGUCCCUUGUCUGAUGUGCAUGGAUGCGGACGGUCCCUGCUCCGAAAAAUGGAAACCAGCCCAGAUGUCGCAGAUUCAAGAGUAUGAUUGUUGCACAGAGUAUUAUGCGGCGAGAAUAGAGAAAGAAAGCUUUGGAAACAUUGGCAAGAUGGCACGAUAUCCAGCACUAUAAUCUGAUCGAUGAAGAAGAUACAUCUCUAGGUAUACACACAGACAUAGAGUAU